AUGGAAAAUCUACAUGCCCCUACGAUUCCCUCUGGUCCUACAUCUGGACCAGGAGCCACAAAUGGAAUGCAAACUAAUGGCCUAACAUUUUCCCAACUUCAGGCUAAGAAAGACAACAUAGAAGCUGAAAUCAAAGCUCUGAGUGGUCAUGGUGUGGACAUGAAUACAAGACUUUUGACUCCUGAUGGUUUCCCUAGAGCAGAUUUAGACGUUGCACAAAUUAGAACUACUAGAUCACGGAUAAUUUAUCUCAAAAACGACCACAAAGCUCUUAUGAGCGUCAUUGAGAAGCAUAUCCACGAACAUUUUGCGAGACUUGCCGAAAACCCAAACACAGAGGAGCCCGUUGUCGACGAAGUUCAGGCUAGUAGGAUCGUACCUUCUUUCGAUGAGCCAGCACCUUUGGAUCUACCGUUUGCAAAGGUCAAUAGUGUUGCAGCGGGAAGCCCUGCGGACGAUGCUGGUCUAAAAGCUGGUGACACAAUCAGAAAUUUUGGUUAUGUCAAUCAUGCGAACCAUGAUGGCUUGAAAAGGGUGGGAGAAUGUGUACAAGGAAAUGAGGGCCGCGAGGUUAUGGUAAAGGUUUCAAGAGACUUGGGACGCCAAGAGCUACAAUUAAGUUUGACACCACGAAGAAACUGGGGAGGCAGAGGGCUUUUGGGCUGUCAUAUUCUGCCAUUGUAG